GUCAACAGUCAAACAAAACGACGCGCCAAAUUUGUGGCGGAGUCAAAAUUCGAGUCACAGUGAGAGCGCGCCGUAAAAUCUAAAGAAGAAUACGAGUUAAGUUUAGUUUUAUGAUCAAGUUUAUCCGAGCUUUGAGACAAACGGCUCCGCUGCAGCAUGGCGGUGCCGUUCGUGCAGGACUGGGACCUGGUUCAGACUCUGGGAGAAGGAGCCUACGGAGAAGUGCGGCUGCUGGUGAACAGGCAGACAGAGGAGGCCGUUGCAGUGAAGGUCAUCGACACGUCUCAGUCCAAAGAGUGUGCUGAGAAUGUCAAAAAGGAGGUGUGCGUCCAUAAGGUGCUCAACCACUCCAACAUUGUACGAUUCUUUGGCCAUCGGAAGGAAGGGCCCACAGUGUACCUGUUCCUGGAGUACUGCACUGGAGGAGAGCUGUUUGACAGAAUUGAACCUGACGUGGGGAUGGCAGAGAAAGAUGCGCAUAGAUUUUUCCAGCAGCUUAUCGCAGCAGUGGAGUAUCUUCACAGUGUUGGCAUCACCCACAGAGACAUUAAACCAGAGAACAUCCUGCUGGAUGACAAAGAUAACCUGAAGCUGUCAGAUUUUGGCCUGGCCACCAUGUUUCGUUUUAAAGGAAGAGAGCGUCUUUUGAAUCGACUCUGUGGGACGCUGCCUUACGUCGCUCCGGAGCUUCUCGGCCAACUGGAGUACAAAGCUCAGCCUGCAGAUAUUUGGGCUUGCGGGAUCGUCCUCGCUGCCAUGCUGGCUGGAGAGUUACCGUGGGAUCAGCCCACCGAGAGCUGUCAGGAAUAUUCAGACUGGGUCCAAAAGAAAACUUAUCUACCUCCAUGGAAGAAAAUACAACCACUGCCUCUAAGUUUGUUGUCAAAGUUACUGCUGUCCAGUCCAGACACACGCGCCUCCAUCUCAGACGUACAGAAAGACCGCUGGUUUACUCAAGGUGUAAAACAAGCAUCGUCAUCAGGAGGAAACAAACUUCUGCGAGCAGAUGUGGGACUGAACUCCAGAGCCAACAGUGAUGAUAAGAUGCAGUUUUCCAGCUCUCAGCCUGACCUUGCAGCCGGGGCCUGGGAAGCCAUGCUGUUAAUCAGUCAGACCGACGGUCAGGUCAGCUUCUCCCAGCCGACCAAGCCCGAGCACAUGCUGCUGGGCAGUCAGCUGCUCGGCACGCCAGGAGCCAGUCAGUCACCGUGGCAGAGAUUAGUGCGGAGAAUGACGCGUUUCUUCACUGCUGUGAACGCUGACGCAUCGUUAUCCGCUCUGAAAGACGUCUGCGACGGCCUCGCACUCGGCUUCAAACUCAACUGCACCAAACAGGUGACGCUGAGCACGCUCGACAAGCGCAACAACAAACUCAUCUUUAAAGUCCAUCUGCUGGAGAUGAAUCACAGAGUGCUGCUGGACUUCAGGCUGUCAAAGGGUGACGGUCUGGAGUUCAAACGUCUCUUUGUGAAGAUCAAACAGAAGCUCGGUGACAUCAUCAGCACUCAGAAGAUUCUACAUCCCAUCGUAUGAGCAGCCGUGGAGAGAGAAACUGUAAAUAUUUAGCUGUUAUAUUUGUGUGCGUGUGUCAUGUGACCAUGACUUUUCUCCGUGAACAUUAACACACGGAACCAUUAGAUAAAACUGAACAUGAAGUGAUGACAGCUCAGACAACAUCUUAAUACAUUAUAACAGAGGCUUUAUGAAUGAAUGAAUGAAUGAACUUUAUUCAUUACACAAAAAACACAUUUAAAAACAAUUACAACAAUUACAGUUUGUUGUUAAACGUGUGAUGUGUUGUGGGUGAAGUCGGGGGCUCUGGGUCCAUGUGUACGUGCUCACGCUCGUGUCCAUGCUCGUGCUCACGCCCGUGACCAUGCUCACGCCCGUGACCAUGCUCACACUCACGCUUGUGCUCACGCCCGUGUCCAUGCUCGUGCUCACGCCCGUGACCAUGCUCACACUCACGCUCGUGCUCACGCCCGUGUCCAUGCUCGUGCUCACGCUUUGUGAAAAGACGUUUGUGUUGUAAUUAUGUUUUAUUACAUGAGACUGGUAAAUAAAUGAUUUAAAGACGA